AUGCUGCCGUCCGCUGUGGGAGCCGCGCUCGAUGGCUGCUGGCACGGUGUCUGCAAUGCUCUUUCCCUGGAAAUUAAAGCCAGUCCUAAAGUGCGAGCUUUCGUUGGUGAACGAGUAUCGCUGAAAUGCUCAUUCAGAUCCAGCUCUCCCAUCACUGAGAGCCUGACGGUAGACUGGACGUACCAGCCUGUCACAGGUGGUCAGAUGGAGACGAUUUUUCAUUAUCAGUCUGUUCCGUACCCAACAACAGUGGGAAAGUUCAAAGACAGGAUAUCCUGGACUGGGAAUGUUGCCAAGGGCGAUGCUUCCGUUGCUAUCCAAAGCCCAGCGAUGAGUGACAACGGGACGUUCAUCUGCAGCGUGAAGAAUCCCCCGGACGUGUACCAUAACAUUCCCCAGACAAUGCUGGUAGUUACGGAGAGGGGCCUUUCCUUCCAGCUAACUUCAGCGGUGCUGCUGUCCAUUUUAGUAUUUCUCCCGUCCGUCAUUGUGGUCAUCCUGCUGUUGGUAAGGAUGGGAAGGAAAUUUGGAGUGCUAAAGGAGAAAAAAAAGCCUGGCUGUAAGAAGUCCUCCAUCGAAGUGCCUGAACACACCGAGACAGACAGCUGCUUGGGGAAGCUCAGAAACUGGUGUCUGAACUGUGUGGACACGGACGAGGAAGACCCAUACUGA